UUUAUAUCUCCCUUCAAUUGUCGUCACAGAAACCCUAGAGCUGAACAAAAAGAAAAACUGAUAAAACCUAAAUCCGAACCACGAGACUACACGAAAAUGACGCAGAAGGGAAAUCUGUUCAAAGGACAGCAGAAAAAGAAAUCAAUUCCUCCCAAUCGACAUGGCAAAGUCAAUCACACGCGAAAAGGGAAGAGAGUGGUGAAGCCAUCGAAGGUGACUAAAGAGAUGGAGACAGAAAAGGAGCUCAGUAAGUUCAUAAACCAGUGCAAUGAGAUAAAAGCCGCAACAGUUGCUAAUAAAGAUGGUGGACAGCUGAGUAUUGUUAAGACACAGAUAGGUUCAUCAACUGAUGCCAAGAAGUAGGUUUCACCUUGAACAUAAAGUUGUUUUUUGUGUAGUGGUGACACAGUUUUGUCCUUUGAUUGUGUAAGAAUAGUGUCGUUUUUGAACUAUAAAAAAUAUUUGGUGCCUUUUUCUUUUAAUAUGACCAGCCAAUUUCAUUCCCUUGAAAACGUAAUGCUAUGAUUGUUGUUCGUGUAUAUAGGGAAUGGGAGUUGUUCAUCCUUGGAUUAUGUCAGAUUUCUUCAUUGUGUUCUUACUUAAGGUUCUGAUGGAGAUUAGAAAAUAUUUUAUUUAAAUUAGAUUUUUUAUUUAUUUUUUAUUUAGGAUAGUUAUUAUUACUAGUAUUUAUUCCUUGUUGGACAAGGUUAUUUCAAGUAUAAAUAUAUCAUCUAUGAAAUAUGACAGUCAUUAGGAG